AUGAACUUUGGAGAGCAGAAGAACGAAGCUUCGCUAAACAAUGAUGAAGCUAAGCACGGACGCCAUGAUGCUCACAAACAUCAUGACACAAUGGGAGAAAUUGUGCAAGCCCAGGGGCAUCCAGAUAAUAUAAAGAACAAGCAUGUUGACUCGGUUGAUAAUCAGGUCAAAGAAGUGAAUCCACAUUCUGAAAGUUUGGGUGUAUUUCAAAUAGACAAGUAUGGAAACUGCGUGGAAAGGGAUCUUAAAUAUCAUCACAGCUCUACAUAA